CCGGUGAAACCAGCGAAGCCUUUGAAGCGACAUAUUAAGCAUCAGCAUCUUUAGAUUAAAAUGGACCUCAGAACAACGGUUUCUCUGCUUCUGCUGCUGCUUCUGGGCCUCUGUAACGCUGAGGAUGACACUUAUCAUGAUGCUGAUGAUGAGAUCAGAGUGGAUCAUUCUGACACAGAAGAGUUGACAAAAACUAUUCUGAGAAUGAACAAUGGAUCUAGUGAUUUUCUGCUGGAAGGAGACGUGAUGAUUCCCACAACCAGGAAUGCUAUGAAGUGCUUACAAGGAAAAAACAGCUGCCUGUGGCCGAAGUCUGCUAACGGGAAUGUGGAAGUCCCUUAUGUUUUAAGCAACAGUUACGACAACACCGAAGUAAAUGAGAUACAACGUGCCAUGAAGAGCAUUCAAAGCAAAACCUGCAUUCGCUUCAUUCCACAUCGGAAUCAGGAGGCGUACUUAAGCCUUGAACCAAGAUAUGGCUGUGCUUCUUUAAUGGGUCGUACUGGAGGCAAGCAGGUGGUGUCACUGCAGAGGUCCGGCUGCGUAAGUGCUGGCAUUAUCCAGCACGAACUGCUGCACUCGCUGGGUUUCUACCACGAACACACUCGCAGCGACCGUGACACCUAUAUCAAAAUCAACUGGGAUAAUAUCAAUGAAGUUUUUGCCAACAACUUCCAAAAGCAGGACACAAAUAAUCUCAACACUCCGUAUGACUACUCUUCUAUAAUGCACUAUGGAAGAACUGCCUUCGCAAAACCUGGAUUGGAUUCCAUUAUUCCCAUUCCUGACUCCUCUGUUCCAAUUGGGCAGAGAAGUGACCUGUCCAAACUCGACAUUCUCAGGGUCAACAAGCUCUACCAGUGCUGAAGUCCGCAUGUAGGAUUACCUCAGCUCUUUUUCAUUCUCACUUACUACUUGACAUUCAUGUGACAAUAAAA